AUUCAGAUUCAGGGUUCGCUCUCAUUUCUCUUCUUUUCGUAGCCGCAAGACACCUCUCAGAUCCUUAAACUUGCAGAGAUGGCCAAGUCGAAGAAUCACACGGCGCAUAACCAGUCGGCCAAGGCCCACAAGAACGGAAUCAAGAAGCCAAGGAGACACCGUCACACCUCAACCAAAGGAAUGGACCCAAAGUUCCUGAGGAACCAGAGGUACGCAAGGAAGCACAACGUUAAGAGCGGCGAGAAUGCUGAAGAAUAAGCUUUUUGUUUCUCAAGAUACAUUUUGAGGUUGUUAUGAAUUAAGACUGUUUUAGACAAAAGAACCAAUUUACUUUUCCCUUGUAAUUUUCGUUUCUUGACUAUGUUUACGCAAGUGGUUUGUGCACUCUUGUCAAGAUUCUGUUCACAUUCUCUUAAUUUCGAUUUUCUUGACUAGA